CUCCAGCCCGGAGGUGAGCCCCUCAGUGACGGCUGGGGGGCUGUCUGCUGCACGUGCUGGCGGAGAGAUCCCGCGGUCCGGGCGCGCGCUUCUCUUCAGAGGCGUGAGGACACUUCUGACGCGCGCGCCUUCGCUCACCGGCGCUGAAACUUAAUUGGCGAUUCCUCCUCGGAGCUUCACCUUAAUUAAUGAAACCAUUUUAAUUAAUCAAAUUAAUCCACCUAAUACAACCCACUUUGUCGCUGAUGACCGAAGAGUUAGUAACCAUCAGCGGGAACAUCUUGGAGGACAUGCCUUGACAACAGUCUGAGGAGCAUAAGCAGGCAAACAAAUCGAACCACAGACAGGACGAGGGAACGCCGGAGGGGCCAGCGUCCAUGUUGUAAACAGCGUUGUAAACGGCGUCCAUGUUGUAAACGGCGUCCAUGUUGUAAACGGCAUUGUCAACGGCGUCCAUGUUGUAAAUGGCGUCCAUUUUGUAAAUGGCCUCCUCAAGAAGACCAAUCCCUCCGGCUCUUUGAGGUCCCUUCGGCAACGCGCUCCGCCCUCCCCGGGCCGCCCGCCGCCGCCGCUCCGCCGAGAGAGAGAGAGAGAGAGAGCGCGUCCGGCCCAUGUCCCCCGGUCGGUCCCGUGGGGGCCCUGGGCCCCGGGGCCUGCUGCUGCUCUGCGUGGCCCUGCUGCCCCCGUCCCCCCAGGGCCUCCCCGUGACGGGGUACAGCCCCGAGGCCAAGAGGGGGGUGGCGGUGGAGGGGGAGCUGAUGAUCGGGGGGCUGUUCCCCGUGCACCAGAAGGGCGACGGCGCCGAGGACUGCGGCAAGAUCAACGCCCAGAGGGGCAUCCAGCGGCUGGAGGCCAUGCUGCUGGCCCUGGACCACAUCAACCACGACCCCCUGCUGCUGCCCGGCCUCCGCCUGGGCGCCCACAUCCUGGACACCUGCUCCAAGGACACCUACGCCCUGGAGCAGUCGCUGGAGUUCGUGCGGGCGUCGCUCACCAAGGUGGACGACAGCGAGUACACCUGCCCCGACGGCUCCUACGCCGUCCACGACGACCCGCCCCUCGCCAUCUCCGGGGUCAUCGGGGGCUCCUACAGCGACGUCUCCAUCCAGGUGGCCAACCUCCUGCGGCUCUUCCAGAUCCCCCAGAUCAGCUACGCCUCCACCAGCGCCAAGCUCAGCGACAAGUCCCGCUACGACUACUUUGCCCGCACUGUGCCCCCCGACUUCUACCAGGCCAAGGCCAUGGCGGAGAUCCUGCGCUACUUCAACUGGACCUACGUGUCCACCGUGGCGUCGGAGGGCGACUACGGCGAGACGGGCAUCGACGCCUUCCAGCAGGAGGCGCGCGCCCGCCAAAUCUGCAUCGCCACCUCGGCCAAGGUGAGCCGCUCGAUGAGCCGCUGGAGCUACGAGAACGUGAUCCGCUCGCUGCAGCUCAAGUCCAACGCCAAGGUGGUGAUCCUGUUCACGCGCAGCGAGGACGCCCGCGAGCUGCUGGUGGCCGCCAACCGCAUGAACGUGUCCUUCACCUGGGUGGCCAGCGACGGCUGGGGCGCGCAGGAGAGCGUGGUGCGCGGCAGCGAGGCGGUGGCCGACGGCGCCUUCACCAUCGAGCUGGCCUCCUACCCCAUCCCCCGCUUCAACGACUACUUCACCAGCCUGCACCCCUACAACAACACCCGGAACCCCUGGUUCAGGGAGUUCUGGGAGAACCAGUUCCAGUGCAGCCUCCACGACCUGGGCUGCGGGAAACACUCGCUGAAGGACGUGCCCUUUGAGCCCGAGUCCAAGAUCAUGUUCGUGGUGAACGCCGUGUUCGCCAUGGCGACCGCCCUGCACAACAUGAGGCAGGCCCUGUGCCCCAACUCCACCGGCGUCUGCGAGGCGCUCAAACCGGGAAACGGCAGGAAGUUCUACAAGGACUACAUCCUCAAGGUCAAGUUUGAUGCGCCGUUCCGUCCGGCCGACACGGAGAACAUGGUCCGCUUCGACGGCUUCGGGGACAGCCUCGGCCGCUACAACAUCUUCCACUACCACAAGGAGGGCGCUCGCUACGUCUACCGCAAGGUGGGCUACUGGGCCGAGAGCCUCACCCUGGACACCCACCUGAUCCCCUGGGCCGGCCGGGCCGCGCCCACCUCCCAGUGCAGCGACCCCUGCCGGAAGAACGAGGUGAAGAGCAUGCAGCCGGGCGACGUGUGCUGCUGGAUCUGCAUCCCGUGCCAGGCCUACCAGUUCCUCCGCGACGAGUUCACCUGCGCCGACUGCAGCUUCGGCCAGUGGCCGCUGGCCAACCUGAGCGGCUGCUACGACCUGCCCGAGGAGUACAUCCGCUGGGAGGACGCCUGGGCCGUGGGGCCCGUGGCCAUCUCCUGCCUGGGCAUCGUGUGCACCCUGUCGGUGGUGGGCCUGUUCCUCAAGCACAACCAGACCCCCGUGGUGAAGGCCAGCGGGCGGGAGCUGUCCUACAUCCUGCUGCUGGGGGUGCUGAUGUGCUACAGCAUGACCUUCAUCUACAUCGGCAAGCCGUCGGCCGCCGUGUGCACGCUACGCCGCCUGGGCCUGGGCACCUCCUUCGCCGUGUGCUACUCGGCGCUGCUCACCAAGACCAACCGCAUCGCCCGCAUCUUCAGCGGCGUGACGGACGGCGCGCAGCGGCCGCGGUUCAUCAGCCCCGCCUCCCAGGUGGCCAUCUGCGGGGGCCUGAUCUCCUGCCAGCUGCUGGUGGUCCUGCUCUGGCUGCUUGUGGAGACGCCGGGCGUGAGGAAGGAGGUGAGCCCCGAGAGGAGGGACGUGGUCACCCUCAAGUGCAACAGCAGGGACUCCAGCAUGCUGCUGUCGCUCACCUACAACUGCGUGCUCAUCGUCCUGUGCACCGUCUACGCCUUCAAGACCCGCAAGUGUCCGGAGAACUUCAACGAGGCCAAGUUCAUCGGCUUCACCAUGUACACCACCUGCAUCAUCUGGCUGGCCUUCCAGCCCAUCUUCUACGUCACGGCCAGCGACUACAGGGUGCAGACCACCACCAUGUGCAUCUCGGUCAGCCUGAGCGGCUCGGUGGUGCUGGGCUGUCUCUUCGCCCCCAAGGUGCACAUCAUCCUGUUCCAGCCCCAGAAGAACGUCAGCAGCCUGCGGGGGGCCAGCACCCGCCACAGCCUCCCCCCCGGCCCCGGCUCCAGCUUCUCUCAAGGGUCCGCAGCCAACGUGGUCCCGACGGUCUGCAAUGGCCGUGAGGUGGUGGACUCCACGACGUCGUCCUUGUGAGCAGCAGCCUCCACUAGGCUGACCCUCCUAACCCUAACCACAAGCCUAACCCCUAACCCUGACCCUAACCACAAGCCUAACCCUUAACCCUCACCCUAACCACAAGCCUAGCCCCUAACCCUGACCCUAACCACAAGCCUAACCCCUAACCCUGACCCUAAC